AUCCUCGUCCCGAACCUUCUCUCCCUCUUAUCCCCGGCACCAUGGCUGGCCAACCUUCGCUCCUCGGAGCUGUAACCCCAACCGUGUCACAUUCAUCGGUCUUAGGACCGGUUCCAGUCCUAGCACAUGACAAUCUGAUACUCUAUAUAUUUUGGUUUGGAAUCUGAUCAGAAAACCUGCCCAAACUGAUUUCAUGGACGCCAAUUGGUUCAGAAACCGCUAUGCUGCUCGUGUUACUAGCAUAUAUAGCAAUACUCGAGUCUGAGAAAGAAAGAGCAACCAAACUUGUGUUGGGCUUUCAUGCAUGGUUGCAGUUUUUGGAGCUCAAACUCAGUUCGAGUCGAACCCUGUAGCAGAAUCCGUCGCAUAUUUUCACGGUGCGGCCGUCGGUCCGUGAUCCAACGACGUUCAAGAGUGAAAGCUCCAUACGUCCAUGGCCCCAGGGGACAUUGCGGGUAAACUGAGCAGUGAGAGGCGUGGAGCUUCUAGCCAGGCCGACUGCUCCGCAACGCUGCCAUUCCAGCCUACCUUUGGUCGCUUGCCUGCACAGCACAGCACAGCGCAGCACGGCGACGGGGCCUCAUCACGUGGCGCCGCUUCGGAGAGACCUACCACGUACUCCGUCGUCAGGAGCCUUGUUUGUUUCGCUCCACAGCGGUCAAUGUCUAGCUAGCCAGCAGCGGUACUGCCGGCGCAAGCGACACGAAAACGACGAAGACGGCUAGGCUAGGCCACACGAUCCGUUCGAGCAUUCUAUGCCCCGCGAAAUACUACACUAAAUGUAAAGUACCCGGGCGUUGUUGUACUACUCCCUCCGUUCCAAAAUAUGGCCACGAUUCGUUCGACCGUUCUAUGGUGAAAAUCUGGCCAUUUUUUUAAAACUUCAACUCAGAAUGACCCAGUCUGAAAAUAUUUCACAAACUGGUCCCUUGUCGCAUGAUGCCCGGGACUGGGGAUGGCGCCCUAACCCGGGGCGUCAUGCUAUCUAGCAGAGUUAAUUACACGAUAGUACCACAAUUGGGGCCGUGGUGGCGAAUUGGUACCAGUUUUGAAAAAUUUUACGUGUCAGUACCAUGUUUGGACCGAACCGUUGCAAAUCGGGCUAAACUUUGUAUUUGUACGUAUUGACGCUGGAACUGACCGCCCGGGCCCGCGCGUCAGAUGCCACGCUGGCGAAUCGGCACGCGCCCGCUCGCUCGAUAGGUGCGGUCCGGCUCGAACCGGACCGGCCCGUGCUCCACUCUGUUCCUCCUCGCUCCUGCCUCCCUCCUUGCUCCUCUCUCGUCGCCCUCGUCACCGCCGGCAGCUUUGCCGGAGCGGAGCGCCGCCGCCCGCCAUGGUUUUCGAAGACGAAAGCAGUGAGGACACGUCCAGCCUGCCGUACAUGCACUCGACCUCAUCCACGGACGGGCUUAACCAGGUCCCUUUCAGCGUUGAAGAUCCAGAUUACCAGGGGCUUGAGCUGGAAACGAUGUCGCCAUGUGAGAAGCACGGCAAGGCAUCUGAGAGGCUUGUCGCAUUUGAAGGAACAGACACAGGGAGAAGGUUCCUAGCAUGUGCAGAGCCGGAAGGGCAGAAUUGUGGGUUUGUUGAAUGGGUUGAUCACCAGUGGCCCCCAACAAUGCAAAAUGCAUUGUUGAAGCUGUGGGCCAUGGUUGAAGAUAGCAAGAGUGCUAGGGUGAAUGAUAAUCUUGAAAGUUCUUUCACUAUCCACCAUCUGACAGAAGAGAAGAACAAGCUGGAGGCCAACUAUGACAAGUUAGUCCAAGAUGUGCAUCAACUUAUGAGCUUCCAGGAGGACAGGGUGGUGGAUUUCAGAUAUCUGCAGGAUAACCUUACAUAUCAGCAGCAAUGCAGAAGUGAACUGGUGGCUGAUAUGAAGGCACAGAUGGCAAAGAAAGAUGCAGAGUUUGAGAAGCUUAAGCAGAAUUAUGAAGUGCUACUGAACCUGACAAGAGCACAAGCAACAGUCAUCCAGAACUUGAAGUUGAGGCAUAUUAAAGACAAGCAAUUGCUUAGUGAAGAUAAGAUGAACUUGGAGUUGAAGAAUGCAGAGCUCACAAAGUCUGAGGAGAAGCUCACCUAAGAGAAGCUAUAGUUGAAGCUUCAGAUUGCUGAGCUGAUGAAGGCAGAGGAGAAGCUGAAGGAGAAGAUCAAGGGGAUCUAGGCCAUCUUAGAGAAGUGAAGAAAAUGAAUAUGAGACUAGUGGGUAAUGCUGACCUUUUGGGCAUGAUGGUUGUGUAGUGUAUGGCUCUACUAAUUGUGAACUAUGUCUGUGUAUAUAUGUAGUAGAUAUGCUUUUCAUCCUUUUGUCAGAAAAGGAUGAACUAUGCA